UUGUGUGAUCUUGGAGCCGGCGUGUCUGUAAUGCCACUCACAGUAGCUAAAAGGCUUGGGUUCGAGAAGUAUCAAAAGUGCGACGUUUCCUUGGUACUCGCGGAUAGAUCAGUACGCAUCCCAGUGGGCAUGCUCGAGGACUUGCCUGUGCGAGUAGGGAAACGUGGAGAUACCCACUGA